AUGACACAUCGUCGAGAUGUGAACAAGCUGACGCUGGAGGAGAAGAAGGAGCUGCCGUACGUGCGCUCCUUCAAUGAGAUCAUCUUCACUGGAGAUGCACCCAAAGCUCGCAACCUCAACGGCAGCUCUGUUGGGGACGACGAUGAGCCUGCAGGCGGAGGGGAAGGAGGUGGAAAGAAGAAGACACCAAGCAAAAGUAACAUCAAGAGCGCCAAAAAGAAGAAAAAGUCUAAAUCUAAAUCAAAGAUGAGCAGUUCUAGUGCGGCAAAGAGAAAGAGCAGCUCUUCUGGCAGCCAAACUAAGGCAGACAGUGCCACUGCCGAUGCAGCUGAGUUGGGAAGUAAGAGCAAGUCUAAAGUAAAGUCCUCCGCUGCAAAGAGCUCCAAAUCGGGGGAAGGAUCAAAGUCAAGCAAUGCUGUCUCAAAGGCCGGUUCAAAAACAAGCAGCAAAUCAGCAGAUGGCUCCAAAGCAAAAUCUUCUGCUGCUGGCUCUAAAAAUUCAAAAAUGUCUUCCAAGUCGACUGAAAACGCAAAAGGCAGCGGUGGUGGCUCCAAAGGUUCUGGGGCCGUUGAAUCUGCGGCAGCUUCCGGCUCAAACGCUGGUAAGUCGAUUGAUGGUGGAAAAAGUGCUGGCGGCACUGAACCGGCAUCAGGAGGCGGUUCUUCAGAUGCAAAGUCAUCAGCCGCCGCUGGAUCAGGAUCCAAAAGCGAAGGCAAACAGUAG